CGCGCAUGCGCAAUGUGAAGGGAGCCGCUCGCUAGUCUCCCUGCCUUUCCCCCCCACCCCGCCCAGCCUGGCCCGUGCCCGUUCCGAAGCUGCGCUCGCUGCGGGCGGGGUGAGUCUCCGCGGGAGCCGCUCCCGUCCCGGCCGCAGGGGGAUGAGGCAGCCGCGCCGUGGCCCUGCCGCGCUGCCCUGAAUCCAGCCCCCGCCCAGCCGGGUAUUGUUCGCAGCCGCCGCCGCUGGGGAAGUUCGCUGGUCCCAGUCCCGGCUCCGCUCCCCGCUGGGGCGGGGCGGGGGGUCUCGGCCCCUCGGUCGCCUCCUCCCCGGCGUGCGGAGGGGGCGAGGCUCACCAUGAUGGCGGCCGAAGCUCCAGGCGAGGAGGGCGGCUCGGCGAGCGCCGCCGGGGAGCCGGGGCAUUGCCCUGCCCUGUGCCGGGGCAAGGGGCCGCAGGGCUCCGGCGCGGGUAGCCCGGGCGCCGCCCCCCCUUUGUGCCCGGCGCUGGGACUCCUGGCCCGGGGCUCGGGGCCUGCCCCUCCGGCGGCGGCAGGCGGCGCAGUGGCCGCCGGGCUGGAGCAGGAGAUGCCCAGGGGGGCGGUUGCCCCGCAGGAACCCGGCCCAACAGGAGGUCCGGCCCCUGGGGGCUUCCCUCCGCUGCCGCCCCCGCCGCUGCCGCUGGUAGGGGGGCUGGGCACCGUGGAUGAAGGAGACUCGCUGGACGGGCCGGAGUACGAAGAGGAGGAGGUGGCCAUCCCGCUCACCGCGCCCCCGACUAACCAGUGGUAUCAUGGAAAACUUGACAGAACAAUUGCAGAAGAACGUCUUCGGCAAGCCGGAAAACCUGGUAGUUACCUUAUUCGAGAGAGUGAUCGGAGGCCAGGAUCAUUUGUGCUUUCAUUUCUUAGCAAAACAAAUGUUGUCAAUCAUUUUAGGAUUAUUGCCAUGUGUGGAGAUUAUUACAUUGGUGGACGACGAUUUUCUUCGCUUUCAGACCUAAUAGGUUAUUACAGUCACGUGUCUUGUUUGCUUAAGGGGGAAAAAUUGCUUUUCCCUGUAGCACCUCCUGAGCCAGUGGAAGACAGAAGGAGAGUUCGAGCCAUUCUGCCAUACACUAAAGUGCCAGACACAGAUGAAAUAAGUUUCCUUAAAGGAGACAUGUUUAUUGUCCAUAAUGAAUUGGAAGACGGUUGGAUGUGGGUUACAAAUCUACGGACAGAUGAACAAGGCCUUAUUGUAGAAGACCUGGUAGAAGAAGUGGGACGUGAAGAAGACCCACAUGAAGGCAAAAUAUGGUUCCAUGGGAAGAUCUCCAAACAAGAGGCUUACAAUUUGCUGAUGACAGUUGGUCAAGUGUGCAGUUUUCUUGUGAGGCCCUCUGAUAAUACGCCUGGUGAUUAUUCACUCUAUUUUCGGACCAGUGAAAAUAUUCAACGUUUCAAAAUAUGCCCUACUCCAAACAAUCAGUUUAUGAUGGGAGGAAGGUACUAUAACAGUAUUGCUGAUAUCAUUGAGCACUACAGAAAAGAACAAAUUGUUGAAGGAUAUUACCUAAAAGACCCUGUCCCAAUGCAGCAUCAAGAACAAGUGCUUAAUGAUACAGUGGAUGGAAAAGAAAUCUAUAAUACAAUUCGUCGAAAAACAAAGGAUGCUUUUUAUAAAAAUAUUGUCAAAAAAGGGUAUCUUCUGAAAAAAAGCAAAGGAAAGCGAUGGAAGAAUUUGUACUUUAUUUUAGAGGGGAAUGACGCCCAGCUUAUUUAUUUUGAAAGUGAAAAGCGAGCUACAAAGCCCAAAGGUUUAAUAGAUCUCAGUGUGUGUUCUGUCUAUGGAGUUCAUGACAGUCUGUUUGGCAGGCCAAACUGUUUUCAGAUAGUAGUUCAGCACUUUAGUGAAGAACAUUACAUCUUUUACUUUGCAGGAGAAACUCCAGAACAAGCACAGGACUGGAUGAAAGCUCUGCAGACAUUUUGCAAUUUACGAAAAACCAGUCCUGGGACAUCUAAUAAACGUCUACGUCAGGUCAGCAGCCUUAUUUUACAUGUUGAAGAAGCUCAUACGCUCCCAGUAAAACACUUCACUAAUCCGUAUUGUAACAUCUACCUGAACAGUGUCCAGGUAGCAAAAACGCAUGUCAGGGAAGGGCAGAACCCUGUAUGGUCAGAGGAAUUUGUCUUUGAUGAUCUUUCACCCGAUAUCAACAGAUUUGAGAUAAGUCUUAGUAACAAAACAAAGAAAAGUAAAGAUCCAGAUAUAUUGUUUAUGCGUUGUCAGUUAAACCGGUUACAGAAAGGACAUGCAACAGAUGAAUGGUUUCAGCUGAGUUCCCACAUACCAUUAAAGGGUAUUGAACCUGGAUCUUUGCGUGUCCGAGCACGAUAUUCUAUGGAGAAAAUCAUGCCAGAAGACGAGUACAGUGAGUUUAAAGAGCUGAUACUACAGAAGGAGCUGCAUGUAGUCAAUGCCUUAUCACAUGUAUGUGGACAGGACCGAACACUACUGGCUGGCAUUUUACUGAAGAUUUUUCUUCAUGAAAAGCUUGAGUCAUUGCUCUUACGGACACUAAAUGACAGGGAAAUAAGCAUGGAAGAUGAAGCUACAACCUUAUUUCGUGCUACCACGCUGGCAAGCACCCUUAUGGAACAGUAUAUGAAAGCUACAGCAACAAGUUUUGUUCAUCAUGCGCUGAAAGACUCUAUUUUAAAGAUAAUGGAAAGCAAGCAGUCUUGUGAGCUAAAUCCUUCAAAGUUAGAAAAAAAUGAAGACGUGAACACUAACUUAACUCAUCUGCUAAGCAUACUUUCUGAAUUGGUGGAGAAAAUAUUCAUGGCUGCAGAAAUAUUGCCUCCGACAUUGAGAUAUAUUUAUGGGUGUUUGCAGAAGUCUGUCCAACACAAGUGGCCAACCAAUACCACAAUGAGAACCAGAGUUGUUAGUGGCUUCGUUUUUCUCCGACUGAUUUGUCCUGCUAUCCUGAACCCAAGGAUGUUCAAUAUCAUCUCAGAUUCUCCUUCUUCCACUGCUGCAAGAACACUGACGCUGGUCGCCAAGUCUGUGCAGAACUUAGCAAAUCUGGUUGAGUUUGGAGCUAAGGAGCCUUACAUGGAGGGGGUAAAUCCAUUUAUCAAGAGUAACAAACAUCGCAUGAUCAUGUUUUUAGAUGAACUUGGGAAUGUACCUGAACUUCCAGACACUACAGAGCAUUCUAGAACUGACUUGUCUCGUGAUCUAGCAGCCUUACAUGAGAUUUGUGUGGCACAUUCAGAUGAGCUUCGGACGCUCAGUAAUGAGCGAGGCGUAAUGCAGCAUGUCUUAAAGAAGCUUCUAGCUAUUACAGAACUGCUUCAGCAAAAACAAAAUCAGUAUUCAGUGUCUAAUAACAUCAGGUAGCAGCCUUCUACCUAGACUUCUUCAUGGAUCCAGCAUGCCCAACAUGGCAACUCACACAAUAUCACUUCCUUCUUGCUCUUGCCAAAAAUAGCACACCUUUUUCACAUUCCCAGUGAUGUGUGAACUAUGCAAAAAGAAAACAAAGAUUCUGUUGGUGAAUAUUUCUACCAGCAGCUUUUUAAGCUAUCUGUGCAGGAUGUUUGCACUUUUUUCCACAUGGAACCAAUUUUCACAACCUCUGAGCCUUGAUGUACAGAUCACCUUCCACAAAGAAAAUGCUGUGACUGUGUCUUGAACUUUAAAAGUCAUUUUCAACACCUUGCCAAAGUUUUGCUGUCUGUUGGAAAAGAAUUUAUAGUCAACUGACAAGGAACGAAACACAUUAUUUUGACAGCUACGUAUAACUGGAUUGAAAAUGUUUCUUACUGUAAUUUGACUGGUUACAAUUAUGACUUUGACUGUUCAACCACUUUAAUUUGUAUUUACAGUUUCAAGAAUUUGACAUUAUCGUAGGAACAAUCUUUUGCUGUACACUUUUUAUACCAUGCUGUUUCUCUUGCUGAAAUUAUGUUGAAAGAGAAUAUGCAGAAUGGGUCUCGUCAGCUUUUUUUUUUUAAUGUGCCAUUGAUUCUGUCUGUUUGAAUAAUUCUUCCAUCAAGGAUUGUAUAUCCAGAUAAAUCACAAUGCUUUUGUAAAAUGUUUACAACAGUAAAUAAUUUGAACUCAAUAAAUUUAUUGAUCAUUGUAUCAGACAUGCAUGCAUUCAUUAAACCCUUUUAUAAAGUAUAGCGUGGUUGGAGUGUUGUGUAAUGUAAGUCAGACAUGAUUUCUAUAACUGUUGGAAAAUACUUUUUAAGUGUUUCAAAAAUCAGUUUUUAAAAUAAAAUCAAUUUGUAGUUAGAAUCUCUGA